ACGUCACUUCCGGCGGGAGACUCAGGCCAGGAAGAGCUCGUACCGCUGAAUGAAGCUGACACGGACAACUUCACCGAGUCCCCUUUCAGUCCCGACCUGAGUUCGUUUGUUACGAAUCACAUGUUAGCGUCACAUGCUCGCCCACUGUGACAGUCAUCCUGUGUGUGUGAGUGUGUGUGUGUAAGUGUGUGUUUCGAGGAGCCGCUGUGAGCCAUGUCCGUGUCAGUCAUCAUCAAGUGGGGGGGCCAAGAGUACUCCAUCACGUCCCUCUCCGAGGAGGACACGGUCAUGGAUCUCAAACAGUCCAUCAAGACUCUGACUGGGGUUCUGCCGGAGAGACAGAAGCUGCUGGGGCUAAAGGUCAAAGGAAAGCCAGCAGAGGACCAAGUGAAGCUGGGCUCUCUCAAGCUCAAGCCCAACACCAAGAUCAUGAUGAUGGGCACCAGGGAGGAGGGCCUGGAGGAGGUUUUAGCCCCGCCCCCUGAGAAUGACGACGUGGUCAAUGAUUUUGACAUCGAGGAUGAGGUCAUCGAAGUGGAAAACAGAGAGGAGAACUUGGCUAAAAUUGCACGCAGAGUCAAAGAUUACAAAGUGGAGGAGCUGAACCCCCCCAGAGAAGACAAAAGACUUCUGGUUCUGGAUGUGGACUACACUUUGUUUGAUCACAAGUCGUGUGCAGAGACCGGCCAGGAGCUGAUGAGGCCGUUCCUUCACGAGUUCCUGACGUCAGCCUACGAGGACUACGACAUCGUGAUCUGGUCCGCCACCAGCAUGAAGUGGAUCGACGCCAAGAUGAAGGAGUUGGGAGUGACGGACAACCCAAACUACAAGAUCACCUUCAUGCUGGACAGCGCGGCCAUGAUCACGGUCCACACGCCAAAGAGAGGCGUGGUGGAGGUGAAGCCGCUGGGUGUGAUCUGGGGCAAGUACGAGGACUUCUACAGCAGGAAAAACACCAUCAUGUUCGACGACAUCGGACGCAACUUCCUCAUGAACCCGCAGAACGGACUGAAGAUCCGACCCUUCAUGAAGGCGCACAUGAACCGGGAGAAGGACCGGGAGCUGCAGAAGCUGGCCCAGUACCUGAAGGAGAUCUCCAAACUGGAGGACUUUUCUGGACUCAACCACAAACACUGGGAGAGGUACCUAUCCAAAAGGCAGCAACAAUGAUGACAACACCUACCAUCACACACACACAAAGUACACAAGAAGACGUGUUCACAACCGACCGGAAGUCAACAAACCCGGCAGCCAGGCUCCGCCCACUCCCCACCGCCGCCAUUGUUUGAAUGUGCUUUAGCAUGCGUCGACGCGAGAACACGCAGCGCUCGCAGCAGACCACACACACACGAGAAAAAAAAAGUGCAUCCAAAUGUUGUGUGCUUGUUGUUACGAGACGGCUGUUGGAACUUGUGUCUUCUCCACAACAUCCUGGUUCUCUGGAUCAGUGGAACGGUUCUGUGUUGGUUGGGUCAGGAGAAAGGGGAACUGUGUGUGUGUGUGUGUGUGUGUGUCUGAAGGACACACUCUGGCUGUAAAUAUGACAAUAAA